UGUGUCCCCUCGCAGACUUUUAGUUAACAGCAGUUUAAAAGGGCAUGGUGCUUCCAUAGUCUGACGUUCAGUUCGAUUUCAGCACCACCGCCGUCAAAAGAAAGUGAAGGUAGUCGUUAAUUGGUGGAGUUAAAAGUAUCAGAACAAGAAAACCGGAAUUCAGAAACUUUGGCUACAACAUCAAGAUGCCUGGAACAGCUCGCAAUGCAUCAGGGGUGGGGCGUUUCCCCGGCGUCACCUUUAGCAACGGGGAUGCUGCCCCCGAGAAAGAGAAGGUGAUGAAUGAGAAGGAGCCGGAGGAGGGGGGCUGUCGCCAGUGGCUGAGAAGGAUCUGCCCGUGCUGCUGCCGCCAGAAGAGCACCUCGUACGAAGUCACGCCAGGCGCCCACAACGAGGUGGACGCCAAAGAGGAGGAGAAGCCGACACCGCUGCCUGAACCAGCCCUGCCCCAGACCGGAGAUAAGGAGAUGGAGGAGCUGCAGUUGGCGGUUCGCUCUGUGGACCUGCACAGCUCCAAGUGUGGCCAGAAUCGCACUGAGCAUCACACCGACCAGUACCACGGAGAUGACUUGAUUGUGCGCCGCGGCCAGACCUUCCAGAUGGAGAUUGACCUCUCGCGACCCUUCAACGAGAACACAGACAAGCUGCACCUAGAGCUCAAGACAGGGCCCUUACCGCUGGUCUCCAAGGGAACGCACGUCAUCAUCCCAUUGGUAGAUGAUCUGGAGGAUGAGUGCUGGGAGGCCAAGAUCGUUGAGCAAAAUGGCAACAGGAUCAAGCUGUCUGUCAACUCCCCAGCCAACGCUCUGAUUGGCAAGUACAGCAUCGCCGUGGCAACACGAGGCCCGGAAGAGGAGGUGGUCACCAUGUAUGACCCCAACAAAGUCAUCUACAUGCUCUUCAACCCCUGGCGUGAAGAGGACAUUGUGUACAUGGACAGCGAUGAGGAGAGGAACGAGUACGUGCUGAAUGACACUGGAAGGAUCUACUACGGCACGGAGAAACAGAUUGGUGCUCGCACCUGGAACUUUGGACAGUUUGAUAAGGACAUCCUGGAGGCCUGCAUCUACAUUCUGGAGAAGAGUGAUGUGUUGCCGUCUGGCAGAGGAAACCCUGUCAAUGUGGUCAGAGUCAUAUCUGCUAUGAUUAAUUCUCCGGAUGACUUGGGCGUUCUAGAGGGGAACUGGUCAGGGAACUACGUGGGCGGAACGUCUCCCACCGCUUGGAGUGGCAGUGUGGACAUCCUGAGGAAGUACUACCACGGGGGAGGGGCGCCCGUCAAAUAUGGCCAGUGCUGGGUCUUCUCCGGAGUCACUACAACGGUGCUCAGGUGUCUGGGAAUACCCGCGCGUAGCGUGACCAACUUUCAGUCCGCACACGACACCGACGUCUCCCUGACGACCGACGUGUACUUUGAUGAGAACAUGGAGCCUAUCGACUACCUCAACUCUGACUCUGUGUGGAACUUCCACGUGUGGAACGACUGCUGGAUGGCUCGCCCGGACCUGCCCCCCGGCAUGGGCGGAUGGCAGGCUGUGGACUCCACACCCCAGGAGACCAGCCAGGGCACCUUCCGCUGUGGCCCAGCCUCCGUCACCGCCAUCCGCACCGGCCAGGUGUACCUCAAGCAUGACACGCCCUUCGUCUUUGCUGAGGUGAACAGUGAUAAGAUCUACUGGCAGCGCAAACUGGAUGGAACCUUCAGCCAGAUCCACAAUGAGAAGCAGGCCGUUGGUCGCUUCAUCAGCACGAAGGCUGUGGGCUCAGACGAGCGCAUGGACAUCACACACCUGUACAAACACACCGAGGGCUCAGAAGAGGAGCGCAUUGCAGUGGAGACCGCCAGUCGGUAUGGCACCAAGCCGCACGUCUACUCAUCACCCGUAGCGGAGGACGUGAGCGUGGAGGUGAAGCUGGAAGGUGAGGGUCCUCGCAUGGGGGCCGAUGCACAGCUCACUAUCGUGGUGACCAACCUGAGUGCGCAGCCCCGCAGUACCAACCUUCACAGCCAGGUGGCGGUCAUGUACUACACUGGCGUGCUGAAGAGCACAGUGAAGAAGGACAAGCUGCCUGUGGAGCUCAUGCCUAAUGAAGUGAAGACCAUCAACUGGGUCCUGCCCUUCCAGCACUACCAGGACCAGCUGGUGGACCAGGCAGCGCUGAUGCUGACCGUGUCGGGUCGGGUCUCGGAGACCAAACAGGUGCUGGCCUCUCAGACCAGCUUCCGACUCCGCACACCUGACAUCAACAUCAAGCCUGAGGGGGAGGCAGUGGUGGGGAAGGAGAUGUCAGCCAAGAUCACCUUCACCAACCCUCUGCCGUCCACGCUGCGUAACGUGGUCCUGCGUGUGGAGGGCCUGGGGCUGAGAGACCUGCACCCCAUCCAGAUCGGUGACGUGGGCCGCCACUCCACGGUGACGGUGACGGAGCACUUCAUCCCUUCGCUGCCGGGGAGCAGGAAGCUGGUGGCGGCGCUUGACUGCAAGCAGCUCACCCAGGUGCACGGCGUUGCCGACAUCCAGGUGACGGAGAACCUGUGAACCUGUCGUCAUGCCACUGUGCCUCUCCCACAGACACCAGACCUCUCAUCUAUGCCCUCUCCCACCUGCCCACUCCACCCCUCAGCGUAUGCACAGUAUUGAAGUUUGAAGGUCUGUUUAGGGUCUACCUCUCUCAAUCUAGUCUGUUUUUUUAUACACUCCCAUUGUGUGAACUUGGAAGAUGGAAGUAGUCCUCGAAAGUUAACUGAAGUUCAGUGUUUGGUGAUUAAGUCACAUUCUCCGUUACAUUCUGUUUUUAAACAUGACACAGGACCAGCCUUUACUAGCCUUGUAUAGUCAGGUGGACAGUAUAAUUGCCCACAUCAUUAAUAGAAUCUGAAUUUUGAAACAGAUGACAUUUUAAAAUAGCAUUCAGGACUAACAUUUUUGCCUAAAGUUGCAGGGAUAUUUGGGGAUCUGGGGUGGGUGCUUAGUGGAAUAAAAACCUGUAGACUGAGUCAUUUACAGAAUGUGAACCCUCAUCAAGUAUUGCCAAAGGAAAGUCUGGUCGACUAGUUGAGACCAAUCCCGGUCUUUUACCUGAAUAAACAUGGAACCAUUAUGUAGUUAUAGCAGUUUAACAAGCAUUUCAACUAUUGUAGGUGACACAGAAACACUUUGUCACCAUCUACUAGAGAUUUAUUUUAUUGUUUUAUUUGUGUAAUAUUAAGCUCCAGUUGUACCACUGAGCUGUCAUCCUGUAUCCAUAUGCAUUUUCCAUUUUGAUACAUCUUUAAUGAACGUAAAACAAAGUGCCCUUUCAGCACGCCUUCAAUGUAAUUAUCUGAUUGUCUUGUAGAUGUUUUAUAUAUGAUUAUUACAAAGCAAUAUGACAGAUGACCUGACUGGACGUUUACAAUAGGUGAUUAAAUAGCAACCUAAAAUAGCUUUCUCUCAAUGAAAGAAAAAAUAUUCCAAGUGCUAUGCACGUCUGCAUUUCAAACCAUCUAGUGUUGCCACUUUUGUACUGACAAAGUGUAUGUAACCCUGUGCACUAUACCAAAUGUAUGAAAUUAGAUAUUUGCUCUUAUGUAGCCCACAUGAUCAAAGCCUUAUGAUGCCACAGAAAUCCAUGGUGAAGACUUUAUGUCAGGAUCACAGUAUUAAGCACAUAUUGUACCAUUUGCAACCAACUGGUUGGCAAUAUCUAAAAGUUUGUAAUUUGUCCUGCACUUAAAAAGGUUAUAUGAAGAAAAGCAUACUGUAGUUGUAUCAUACAAUUAUUAUUUAUCUAUGUGUUUACAUUAUUGUUGUUUGUCAGAUGCUGUAUUUUGUUGCUAAUAAAACAAAAUGUAAGGAGA